AUGGCCCGGUCUUUUGUCGCCGCUGAUCAAUGCGUUCUUGAGUCGAUGACCCAUGCACAGCUAUACGAACUCGUUCGCAAACACCUGAACAAAUGGCCGAAGAAAUCAUUCAGCAGAAGCCGCCUCAGCAAGAAGGACUUGUGGACCGAACUCCUCAACCCCCCCAACGGUUUCAAGACAGACAUGCCACUGCCGGCCGCCCCAGUGCUGGUUGCCAUUCCCGCACCUGCGCCCACAUCGAUUGUCAUUCCCGCACCACCCCCGAUAGUGAUCCCUGCACCUGCUCCAGUGACGAUUCCCGCACAAGUACCUCAUCCAGCUGCCGCCGUUGUUGCAGCCCCGAUUGCUGUGCCUCCCAUGCCGACACCCCGGGCAGCCCCCCAAGCACCUCCUCAGGCUCCAAUCGUUGCGGCUUCAAUCCAAGCUAUCAACCAACCUGUUCCCUCGAACAUCCCUUUGCAAUCUACAUUCCCGGUUUCUGCGCCCUCAAACCUCACAUCUGGAAGUGCUGACAACUCUCGCAAGCGCUCCAUUAGACCCUACAUUGUUGACAAUCGCCCUAACGGCUCGGAGAACAUGAUUCAGCAGAUUGAAGUAGCAAUGAUAGAUCGUGAAGGUUGCGCACCUGGCGAAUGGCGCGCAGACGCUUUGGAAGUAUUUCAACAGCUUCAAGUUAGCAACGCCGCCAUUACAGGACGAGGUCAAAUCAAGGUUGGCUAUGUUAACAGCCAUGACCCCGACUUCGUGUGGUGGUUUCUGCGCGGCGAUCUUUACUACCUCCUCCUGUCCACUCCCGACCCCAAUCGGCUCAUUGUUUCCUCGGACUCAAAGCUUCAGCUUCGCAUCAGCACCGAUUCUCCCGUAAACGUUCAACCAAAGAAGAAUUUGCGGAAAAAAGUCUCGCCGAAGAAGAGUGUUCAACAUGAAGGUAUCAUUUACGCUCAGUUGUUUCAAGCAAACAUUAUAACCAUGCACCACCGAGCAGAUCUUCCUACAAUCUUACCAGAACAGCAGAGUCUUGCCUCACCAAAACCCCACCAAGACAUUGAUUGGCUCAAGGACGUUCUCAAGGAGCGAGACGGGUUUACCGAUUUCAUGCGCAAUCGCGGCCACCGCCUUGACACUCCGGCACUUGUCGCUCAUUGGGCUUUUGCUGCCAGCGUUGUCGAUGAUUACCACCACAAGCCCAGCGGUGUUCCAGGUCCUUCGAUGGGCCGGCCCCGACUGAUCACCAAAGUUGAUAUCCAGCGUGCUCUUGGUGUUCGAGAAACAUGGCUUUCGCAAGCAAUCAAGGCGACCAGCAUUAUACGGGUUCACGGUGAAAACGGAAUUCAUCCCCACCCGGAUAUUAUAGCGAAACUCUCCGAAUCAGGAGGCGGGUCUCAACGUCAUAGGAAGGCGUACAUUUGCUUGGUGGUGUUAACAUCGACACCCGAGUCCAAUGAACGAGUACGCACAAUAUUAUAUUUUGUGGAACCUCAAGAUUUUAAUGCUGAUACUCUCAAGGUCGAAGUGCUUAUGGAUCGAGUAGCUCGCGAUACCUGGUUUCAACGGGGUUGGACUUUGCAGGAGCUCGUAGCGCCUUGA